AUGAUGCCGGACACCGAGGGAGACCCGAAGGACCCCGGCGCCGGCGGCGGGAAGGGCCCCGCUGGGGCUGUCCGCGAAAAACUGCCUUGUUACAGGUCCCGUCCCUCUCUCUACUCCCUUUCUUAUAUCAAGAGGGGAAAAACACGGAACUACCUCUACCCGAUCUGGUCACCAUACGCGUAUUAUCUUUACUGUUACAAAUACCGGAUCACCCUCCGGGAGAAGAUGCUGCCCUGUUGUUACAGAAGCAUCACUUAUAAGGAACAGGAGGACUUGACACUCCGGCCCCGCUGCUGCCUCCAGUGCUCCGAGUCCCUAGGAGGUCUCCAGGUGGGCAAAAGCACUGAGCAGGAAAAAGACCACAACCAGCUUAAAGAAUUGUAUUCGGCUGGGAACCUGACAGUGCUGUCUACUGACAUUCUGCUCCACCAGGAUCCAGUUCAGUUAGACUUCCACUUCCGCCUCACCCCCCAUUCCUGUGCCCACUGGCACGGCCUUCUUUCUGACCACCGACUCUUCCUGGACAUCCCAUUUCGGGCCUUGGAUCAAGGCAAUCGGGAAAGUUUGACAGCAACAUUGGAGUAUGUGGAGGAGAAGACCAGUGUGGAUUCUGUAUUUGUGAACUUCCCAAACAAUCGGAAGGACAGAGGUGCCCUGCUUCGGGCCUUCAGCUACAUGGGCUUUGAGGUGGUCAGACCAGACCACCCUGCCCUUCCUCCCUGGGGCAAUGUCAUCUUCAUGGUGUAUCCCCUAGAAAGGGACCUUGUCAACCUGCCUACUGAGCCUCCCUAAACAUGCUUAUUCCAUCUCUGUGAUGAGGGGCUGGAAGCCUUGACACACGGGACUGAAGACCCCUAGGAUGUAACUCAAAACAACUCCAUCCUAGGAAUAAAAGGGUAGUGCAAUCAAAUGUGUUUACUGUUUCUUGGAUGAGAGGGGUCGCAAUGGCUGGGGUACAAGAUCAACCUUACCAGAACUAAACUCAUUGUAGGGUGAGUAUAGUGAUUAAAAGAUCAGAGGCACCUGUUCCAGAAAGGGAAAGAAUUUGAUUUCCUUUUGCCAUUUCCUUAUCCCAAGCCAUUUAUCCUAUUUGCACAAAAACUGUCAAAGGCAAGGCCUUACCAGUCAACCAUGGAGCUUAAUAAGACUCUUGGGGAUGCUAGUGGCUCAUUCCAGUAAUUCUAGCUACUCAGGAGGCUGAGAUCUGAGGAUUGAGGUUUGAAGCCAGCCCAGGCAGAAACAUCCCUGUGAACCUCCAAUAAAACCACUCUCAAACUGGAAGUGAUGCUGUGGCUCAAGUGGUAGAGUGCUAGCCUUGAACACAGAGGCUCAGGCUGAGUCUUGUUAGGAUGUACUCAUCUACACAUUUCAAUUGGAAAUUGGAGACAAGUGCCAAUUCUCUUUAGAGAGAAGGCACAUGGAUGCCAAAACAU